AUGUGUGGCUCUGAUCCUACAGUUGAGAUCCAGCGAGAUGGGAGUGACAGCACCUGUCAUCACGGUCAGCUUCUUUUGGUGAGUAUGAUGUCUGCAAAGGGCAUGACUACAGUGAUGGUUGUCUUGUUUGCAAUGUGUUUCUUUACAAAGCUGGAAGGGAAAGCUGUUCAGAAAAGAUCUGUGAGUGAAAUACAGUUUAUGCAUAAUCUGGGGAAACACCUGAACUCGAUGGAACGAGUGGAGUGGCUUCGUAAGAAGCUACAGGAUGUGCACAAUUUCAUUGCCCUCAGAGCCCCUGUUGCUCCCAAAGAGGGUGGAUCUCAGAGGCCACAAAAGAAGGAAGACAACGUUCUGGUUGACCGUAAUCCAAAAAGCCUCGGAGAGGCAGACAAAGCUGAUGUGGAUGUGUUAAUCAAAACUAAAUCCUAA